AUGUCUCGGGAGGUCAUGCUCGAGGGCCUGCCCCUGGAGACGAGGGAGCACAUAGCCGGAUAUGUGUCGGAGGCUCACCGCCCCAGCAUCUUUGCCUUCUCGGCAGCAAGCAAGGCCUGCAACAAGGCCGCGCGCAAGUUCAUCUUCCGGCAUGUCAGCCUCAGGGUUGACGACCCGGCCACGCUAGCGAGGGACGUUGCGGCUGUGACCGAGAUCAUCAGGACGAGAGACUGCCACGAGCUGGUGCGCAGUCUCAGUGUCGAGGGGCACCUCAUACUACGAGAGGAAGAGCGCCCCGCAGCGCCGCAACACCCCAGAAGGGGGGCAUAUUACGAGUUGACGUCGUGGCUCGAACAUAUCCAAGCGUGGCUCCAGCGGACGGGCGUGUCAGAGAUCCUGGGAGACGUGGAGCCACACCCAUAUGAUGGCUACCGCUUCGAGGAGCCUAUGCGGUGCCCACCCGACGAGGAUCAAGCCUGGGGCCCGCUCGUCCGACUGGUGGCGGAGCUGCCUUACCUGGCCAAGAUGGUUUACAACUGCCGCAACCAGUUUCCUCCAAGUCUCCUGGACGUCAUCCACACGCACCACCCGCGCUGCAAGCUGCACCUGAUGUCGUUUCGCCUGCGCAGCCUCCGUCUGCCGGCACUUGACCCGCAUGAGCUGGCGCUGGCGACGUCGCCCUGUCUACACACUGUUCAUCUAAAGUACUCGUCUCGCGACCGCAAGGGCGACGAUGACUUUAACGAGCAGGCCAUGCUGGAGCUCGUCUCCGGCCUCGCUCCCAACCUGAAGAUGGUCCGCACCGUCUUCCUGGCCUUGCCCAGCCCAGUGGCAUCGAUGGACCGAAUAGGGGACCCACAGCCUGCUCUGCCGACCGAGCCCGUAGUCUGGGGAGGGCUGCCGGGCUUCGUGCCAGAUUCUGGCGGCAAGGGUUCGCUAACCUCGUGGUCGCCCUCGGGAGUGGCCCCUAUCAACAAGGAGUUCCUGGAGAAGUGGGAGGCAGUCACCGACUUUGCCUGCUUACGCCACCUUGACCUCGGCGCCGGCCUCGGGUCCCAUUCUGGAGUGACAGCCGAUGCCUUGGAAUGGAUGGCGACGCGUAAGCCUUUCCCUAACCUCAGCACCCUCCGGAUCCGCCUAAUGCGGGAAAUCCAAGACGACGAGGACCCCAUCCACUAUGACGACUUUGAGAGCGCCGCGAACCUUUUGGCACCCCAGAACCAUCCAGACCAAGAGGGUUCCGAGAGGCCAAGCCCAACCAAGUGCGCAAUCGACUUCUUCGACAGCCUGGUGCCUCUUGUCGAGCUCGCAGUUUCCGGCCAUCUCGAGCCCGAGAUAGUGGACAGGAUGCUGGCGCGCCACGGGCCGACGCUGCGCAGCCUCUCCCUGUCGCCGUGGGAGCCCAUCCGCAACGGCUACAUGGACCGGCCGCUGCCGCCCAUGGCCAUCACCAGGGAGUGCAUCCUGCGGCUGCAGGCGCAGUGCCCGGGGCUCGAGGAGCUGUCGCUGCCCGUCAAGCGCACGCGGUCCGACACGCGCGAGGUGCAGCUCUACCGCGCCCUCGGCGGCUUCCCGCGCCUGCGCCGCCUCUUGGUCACGCUCGACUGCUCGGGCCGCUACGACUCGCGCGCCGACGUCUGGCAGCGCGGGAACCCGCUCUACAUGGAAGACGACGAACACAGCGACCACGACCCGCCCCACUACGUGCGCAACGGCGACAUCGUAAACGCCUUUUACAACUCGGCCGUCGACGCGGGCCUGGCCCGGUCCAUCUGGGACGUGGUGCACGCCAGCAGGCGAGCGCAUGGGGGCGGUGCCGGGGGCGACGGCCGGCGGCGGCGGCUCCAGUGGCUCAAGAUAUACACGACGGGCGGUGACGACCUGGGCCGCCCGGGGCGCUACGACGACGUCUUCCACGUCAUCGAGAACCUGAGCCGCUCGUGGCUGGUCGAGCCGGCCGUGCGCGGCGACCAAGACGCCGCCGGCGGGGUGGCGGUGCGCGAGCUGGGCGUCGCCGCCCGCGAAGCCCGCGACCGCGACUAUACGCGACGCAACGGCGAGGCGCCCUCCCUCACCGUCUCGUCGGCCAUCCACAACUUUCGCCGCCUGUGGCCGCCCCGCGAGGGGAGCAGCGACUGGCGGGACGACUGGAGGAGCCUCCCGCUGCAGGUUUGA